AUGAUUAAAAUAAAAGCCAAUGGAGAGCUGUUAAAUUAUCAAUUCCUACAGGUAAUGUUUUAAUAUCAUUUCCAAGGUUCCACAAUGCAACUAUUGUGCUACUUACAUUAGUAAUCUAAGUCUAAUCAAAAAAGAUCAAUGGCAAUGCUAAAUUUGCAAAAGAUUGUUAAAGUUACCAGUUUGGUAUAAGCAAUAACCUAUCCUAUAUGACAACUUUGAAAUCGCUUUAACUUAGCCAUCCUUUAAUAGGAGAGCUCUGUUUUUAAUUGAUGUGACUUCCCAAGCCUUAUGUAGAAUGAUUAUUCCAUUAAUCGAAUAAUCUCUUAAUCAAAUCGAUGAAGUAUUAAAUACAAUGAAUCAAGAUCGCUUUAAUUCCUUGUACUCCCUAUCCCACAGUUUUACAAUUUGUUAACAACAAAAUCAGAAUGACUACACUUACAUCAUAUGAUCAAGAAUGUAAAUUAGAUCUGUUUCUUAAUUGCUCAACAGAAUUCCAAAAAAUUAGGCAACUCUGUCGAAUGAUUGAAAGUCUAUCGUAAUAUAAUCAAAACUCUAAUGUUUUAAAAUCUAAUUACCCUAUUGAACUAGCUUAAUCAUUUAUAAAUAGAUUGCUAGAAUAUUAAUCAAUUAAAAUUAUUCAUUUUACUUGGAUAAAUUAAUUCAUUGAACCAGAACUUAAAUCUCACGCAGAUAUAAAAAUAGGAAAGAAUCAUUAUCAUUUAUUCAUAAUUCAGUAAAAUUGCUAUGUGUAAGACUAUUAUAAAGAAGUUUCUCGAAAUCUUCAUGGAAAGUGCAAUGUCUACAAUGAUGAUGAUUGUAAAAAUAUAUUUAAAAGUUAAAUUAGUGGAUACAUUCUAUAACGAAGUUGAAUCCUUUUUCUAAAGUUCAUUUUGUUGGGAGGCCUAGCUUUAAAUCAAUUUACCUCAAGGUUGGAAGGUUUAGAAAUUUUAGAAUAUCAUUACAGAUUCUAAUUAAUUCUAUUUACCUUACCUGACAGAUCAAGAUGAAAUAACAAUUGAAUUCAUUCAGGAAGCUAAAUAUAAAACAAAAGACAAUUUAGUUUAAACAAUUAUUUCAUAUAAAUCAAAGGCAUAAAAACAUAUCUGCGUUGCAAAUGAAAAGAUUUAAGUAUGA